AGGAGGAGGAAAAGACGGGGGGUGGAGAGUAACACUGGAGAGCAGCAGUGAUCCAGCCCCUCUGAAUCUGAAAAGCAUCACCGGAGCCUUUGGAUAAAGACCUGCUUCAGCAGCAAAGCUAGGAGGGAGAGGAUUUCUGCUCAGUGAUAAAACAUGAAACAGAUGUGAGGAAACAGCAUGGAGCUCAAGAGAGGAAAAACCUUCAUCAAAUCCAGUGUGCAACAUGAGAAAGUGCCACCAGAGCACACAGCUUCUACAAUCAAAAAUGAUAUAGGGAAAGACAAAAAGGCAGCCCUGGAGGGAAACCAAAGUGUAGCUGAAGUCCAGCUGGCAUACCUGGCCGCACACAAGAACUACAGAUUUUCCACCAGAGCAGCAAGGAAUGGUGCUGGUGACAACAGCCUGGACAAAUCAUCUGGGUCCUCCUACAAACUUGUAAGGAAGAGUAAAACCCAUGACUGCGUUAGUGAAGCAGAUAAAACAGAGCAGUGCAGCCCCAGCAACAGGGCUUGCGAGGAAGGUUUUUCUGGAAAGGGGAAGGGGCGACUUGUCAACAGCAUCAGCUUUUCGGGGAUGUCCAGUUCCAGCAGUAAGAAAGAGUGUGUAGUAAGCCCCAGCCAGUCUGCCUGCAGCAGUCAGAUGAUUGAUUACAGGAACUUUGUGCCACAGAUGCCUUUUGUACCAGCUGUUGCAAAAACCAUCCCCAGGAAGAGGAUAUCGCUCAAGAGAUCAAAGAAAGGGCUCAGAGAUAUAUUUCAUAUUAAAAAAAAUAAACCGGAGAGCCUUGCAUUCCUGGUUGAGAAGGACAAAAACCUGUCCUCUCCAGGCUGCAAGAGUGAGUUGCCUGGGCGUCUCGCAAAGUACCUUUUCAAAACUGGAGAACCAUUUGCAGCCGACUGCUUGUCACAAGACUGCUCAGACAGUGAACUGCAGUCUGACUCUUCCUAUGACUGCUGCAACCCUCUGUGUGAAGAUGUUGCAUCGCUGAAGAGCUUUGACUCCCUCACCGGCUGUGGGGAAAUCUUUGCUGACGAGAGCUCUGCCCACCUGGAGCUGGAGAACAGCAAAGAAGUUCUGCUGAGACGAAGCAAGCACAAAGAGAGCCCCAUCAUGGGCUCCUUCCAAGGGGGUGUGGAGCAGCUGGCCUCUCCAGGCCAGAAUGAGACCGUUGAAUUUGGGAAGUUUUGGGACAACAUUAACAAAUCUGUGAGGCUACAUCAGAGCACGCUGUUUGAUAAGAAGUUACUGACAAUGCCUGGUUCUGACAUGGGCAAGGCUGGAAGCCAAGCUGCUGCAUCUGCGACAGACCCCCAGAUGUCACCUGAUAAAGAUGGUGACAAUUCCAAAGAGAGCUCCACAGAAACAGAAACACCAAAAAGUGACAACCAGGAAUCCAUAUCCACGAGUGACGAAGGCUACUACGAUUCGUUCUCUCCUGGACAAGAUGAUGAAGUAAAGGAAGCUCAGACCCCUGGGGUCCCAGGCAGAUUUCCAAGAGACAGCUACAGUGGAGAUGCCCUUUAUGAGCUCUUCUAUGACACAAAUGAAGUCAAAAUAAACCCAGUCCUAGAUGAUGACUUGUGCACAUCUGAAAGCAUUUCAGAACAAGCCAUUGAAAUCCCUUUGUCCAUCUACAGCUUUCAUGUUGGAGCCGAGGAAAACACGGCUUCCCAACCAGCUGUAGACAUCAUCAGCCAGGGAUUUUUCCACAGCACAUGGAAAGGCAAAGAAUGUUUGCUAAAGCUCUGUGACACUGAGCUUUCGCUAACCAUGGGGAUUAUAAACUGGCUGCGAAAACACUCGGGGCUUGUUUCCUCCCCAGACUCUCUUCAGAGCCCUCAGCCACAGCCAGAAAAGGGUAAUCAUUCACCAAUCCCUCCCAGCCCUGGUCCCGAGCACAACGUGAGCACAGCACAGCAGGAGAAACAAAGCAAGGAAGAUUCAUUUAACCGAAGGGUGUCUGUGGACAAAAGCAAAGAUGCAACCCAGGCCUCUUCAGUAAAUGUUGCUGAAAGAGACUCUUGCACUAAUACAUCUGAUUUGGAUUUCCGAGGAAGGGAAGGUAAUCACCAUGAGCAUUCAUCUACAGUGCCUGGGACUGCGGAAACCCGUGGUGCAUCAAAUUAUGCACCACAAUCACAGGCAAAUGGAGACAAUCUGCAGACAAGUUCAGAAGGAUACGAGACAUCUGAAGAUAGAAUUCCGCUGGCAGAGAGCUUGAACAGACAGAGUGGCUCACAGAGCUCUGAAAGCCUUUUGUUAAAUGAUAAUCAUGAAGUAGAAUCAUGUUACUCCUAUAAGACUGCUGCGACCUCACCUCUGGAUGCCCUUGAGAGGGAGGACAGAAAUAAACCAAUGUAUCACUCUCUGUCUGUUUGCUCUGACAAACCACCACAGCCUCUUACUCUCAGAGGCUUCGAGAGCUACAUCAGCCCCACACCAAAGGAGAGCAGCACUAACAUCGUGCAGCUCUUAGAGCGAUGCGUAACGCAAGUGGCAUCACUAAAACUUGGCUAUGAAAACAAGCACCUGGAAGACAAAUACAUUGGGAAUGAAAUGAACAAUAUCAUUUGUAAGAUGUCUCAGUACAAAAACAAGCUACUGUUGCAAAAUGAAUGCAAUUGUGUUGCUCAAAAGCCAGAAUACCCCAGUAUUGCUUGCACAAACCAAUACAAUUAUGAAACAAGUUUCCAAGCCAGCAGUCUAUAUCAUUUGAAACAAAAUGGGGAGCAAAUUUGCUCCGAGGACCAGAAAGGUAGAGCAAAAAUCCUAGAUGAAGUUGCUAGAGACAAGAUCAGUUUUGAAUAUGCCCAGCUAAAUAAUCAAGCGUUCUCCUAUUUACAAGACUUCACAUUUGGAAGCGAUUCUGCUCCCGCUACAAUGCUCAGCAGGCCAACAUUUUUACCUCUCUUUAACUCUGUCUGCUUAGACAUACCUGCUGCUGUUUCAUCAGCUCCCUAUGGCACUGCCAUCCCUCCAGCUGAGUCACUGCAGCACAAGGAGGCCGAGCAGGGCAGCCCAGGGCCCUGGCAUUAUGCAGAGUCCCCUUGCAGAUGCCUAGCGGGGGUGACAGCUCUGUCCCCUCACCCAGAGGCAGCAGCCCCGGACACAGCAGUGGUGGGGAGGAACCAGCAAUAACACUCCUGUGCAGAGAAGGUGCAAUGCUGAAGAAUCCACUUCUAGACCUGGAUGCUGCCCUCCUUCCACACAUUAUGUCGCAUGAGAGGGUGCCACAACGCUACAUUGAUGUCAGACUCAGCAAGGAUUUCUCUCCAGAGAUCCCACUUGAGGGGUCGCAGAAGCAGAUCAUGCCAGCCUGUUUAACUAACCAACACAGUUAGGAGUUCCCGACAACGUCACACACUUGAAACCAUAUUUGCAGAUGGGUGGUAACUAAUAUUCAUUUUAAAACAAAAAUCAGGAGAAGAAAAGUCACUUUGUUCCAUAUAGCAAAGGAAACAGUAUGUCAAAGGAGACUAUUAUCCCUCCUACGUUACAGAGGCACAGGACAAAAAAAAGAUUUGUCUAACAUUAUUUCUCCCUGAAAUCGGUGUCUUCUUUUCUCUGCUCUUCUCCUUGCAAAUCCUGAUCAUCUGUCAGAGCUUCCCAAUCCCUGCUGCUGCUCAUGUUAAAAGUACUCAGAUCUCCUCUCUUGUGAUCUCUGCCUUUACUGCAGAGGGAAGUGAGUGCUCCUCACUUUAAAGCUGGGCUAUGUGGCACAGUCAAUGCUCGACCAUUGAUCCCUUGCGAUUGCAGACAGGAAAAAUGGGCUUUUCCUCCUCUUAUAUCCCAGCCUUUGAGUUUAUGGGCACAUCCAGCUGUAGCAGAAAGCAUAUUGUACUCUGAAAUUCAAGGGUCCUGGGUUCGGUCCAUGCUGCCAAAUGAACAACUGUGGAACUGCAUUAUAUACCAUGGAAAGAAAAUCCCUGUGGGUAGUCUAUUCUAAUUCUCCCCACAGAGCUGCAUGAAUGCCAGUGCAAUGUUGGGGGAAAGCACAAAAUCUUCAUGGCUUAAUCAUUCUCCAGUUGAAGAACAAACAGAAAAUCCACUUCCUUGAGAUCAUAUUGAAUCAUGUGUUUACUGGGAUUGGCUGCAAACUACUUUGAAGUAAGAUGAACAACAUCUUAGGAAAGAAAGAGAUGCUGGUGAAAUGAACCCAUAAAUGGGAAUAUUCAAUUUCAUAUAUGGGGUGUAGCUGUGAGAACAAGUUCCCUCAGCCUGCUUAAGAGCCUAACAUAGUACUGUUCCCCAUUCAGAAUUAGAAGUCUUAAAAAGUACUUAAAACCUUAAAAUAGAUAAUACAGAAAAUUAAGAUAAAUGAUGAAAAAACUUGCACAGACUUUUAGCUACAGAAUUUCAGAUAAGUUUCUAUGAAACUGCUCGUCUGUUUCCUGUCCUAUUUUUACACGAAUGGAAGUAGUGAAUAGUUAAGUGCACAAGUAAGAUCAGAAAAAUAAUUUGAAAGCAAUCAAUCAAACAAACAAACAAACCCUAUGUGCUAAGGACAACCUUGAAAGAGGAAAAGAGGGUUUUUCCCUCUUAUGGAUCACUAAAAUAUAGAAAAAUGUUCUGAAAAAGAUUAUUUUGGAAAAGCUUUUUUCUGUUAAGGACAUCAAGCUUUGACAUUCCUUCUUUUAAUGCAGUGUUCAUUUGAGUUUCAGAAAUGUUUUGGGAACUUCCAGCACAUAGACCUAAAUUUCAGAUAUGAAGUAUCAGGUAACUGAGUACCCUUAAUAAAACACUACCUACUGAUGUGAAGGGACAGAACACUUACCACUUUAGAGAACCAGAGUGUAAAUAAUCUUAUACAGGUAAAAACGUCCAGAAAAAAUGUAUGAAGAAAUAUCACACAUACAUGCACUGUCAGGUAAGUAAGUGUUCCUUCCAAAAGCAGAGUAUUAAAAUGAAGUUUGGCUAUUCCAGUCAAAGAUGAGUGACGUGAAAUUAACAAAAGGUUCAAGAUUAAUUUUUUUUGCUUCACUUAAAAUGUUUCAUUCUCCUAACUAAGUUAGAGUGUUUGGUGGCAAGAUAUUGUAAAUCCUUACACUGUGCAGGAAAGGCACAAGAAGCACAAUAAGGCUGUAGGUAAACUAAGGGAUUUUCAGGAGAGAAAAAUGUUGCAUAUUCUGACUUUUACUCAAGUAAAAGGAUAUAGACCUGUGGUACUCUUGGAGGUUGAAAUAUGCAUGCAUACUGUAUGUAUAUACACACCUAAAUAGAGGGUUCAUGCAAACUUGCUGAGUUCAAGAAUAGGGAAGAAAUAAGAAGCAUGUACCAUUUAAAAAAAUCCAACUAGCAAACUAAUAAAAUUUACCAUAUACAUAUUAUUUAUUAUGUAAUUAUGAUACUUACAUGCAUUUAUAUGUUAUGUUUAACAUAUUUUGUUAACUAUUUUUCAUAUAUGUCACAUUUGAUAUAUAUAUGCUUUAUGUAUUAUAUUUUAGUUACCAUAUUCUACAUUAUGUAUUAAAGUCACUUGAAUUCUAUGUUACAUUUGGUCUCUAAUCAACAUAAUUGUAUUGUUUUACAUUACAUUAAUGAAUUACUAUUUUCCAGCACUGAAAAUUCAUCACUUGGAAAAAAAAUCUACUGCUUAUGAAGAGUUUAUACCUUUUUUUAAAUCCCUAGCCUAUAACAGAGGCUUAUGGAGGCACUAUCCCUCUAAUUCUUCUCCUCUGUACCGAAUAACCUGGCAUAUUAGUCAAUCAGCAUUGGUAGAAUCAGAACACUGAGAUCAGAAUACUAUGUACUCUAAUCUUAUCCUGAGGAAGUCAUUUGGAAAGUGGAUUAGUUUCUAAACUUAGCCAGUUACUGCUUUAAGAAUAGCCAUAUUUAAGAGGAACGGAAGUUCUGGCCACUCCGAGAAAUUACUCCUGAUCUAACUAUUUAACAAAGAAUCACCUUUACCUUCUAUGACAUGCUUUACAAAUUAGUUGGUUGACUCCUUGAAGGAACUACUUAUUUCCAGGUGCAUCUUUAAGUGUCCCAUCUUCGUCAGUCUUAACUGUCUGAAGAAAUAAGGAAAAUAAAUUAAGGGUUAAAUCUGUCACAACAGAGCACAGACUGGAGUUUAAAACUUAACACAAACUAAGUAUAUAUGCAUGUUAUAUUUACUUGUCUUUCUACCUGUGGGAAAGCAUUUAAGUUAAAGUAUAUUUACAAACACUUCAGAAUUUCAGCAAGUUGAAGAUGCCUCAUUUUGUUAAUCUGAAAAACCGUUUAUAUCAGUUUAAUUUCUGUAGUAGUUUUUUAAAUACAUCUGUACAACUCAUACUUUCUAAAUACUUCAGAACAAUACAAUGAGAGCUAGCAGACACAUUCCUUUCAUUGUUACUGCAAACAGACUAUUUAAAAUAAAAUUGUUACACUACUAUUAAA